UUCCCCCCAAACAAACGGCACAGCCGUCAGUCGCGUUUUGGUUCGGUUUGCUUUGCCUACUUUAUCCGAAGUUCCCUUGACUAAAAUUAUUUUUAACCAUCAAAUGAUUACAUUACUGACAGUUACAUCGGAAAUUGUGUACUAUUAGUAAUUAUAUCCUUAGUGACGCCGUGAAUUACUAUUUUUCACAUGGAUUGAGUGACAAUGUUACCACCUACGGCCGGUAUAGCGCAGGAACAACGUGACCGGACCGAAAUGUCGUACCAGCAAAGACGUGACGUGAGAGAAAUCACUCGGGAGAUCAUCAGGGAAGCUCGUGUAUCAAACAGGGAAUCACUUUCGCCUGGAGAUGAGUUCUGUGUCACAGCCCGGGACAGGUUCCCGUCCACGUCGUCGACUGACGACAAUGAGUCCGGGACGGACGGCGAGCUCGACAGAUCCCGGAAAUCGGGACUGUCGCAUGCGCACGCCGGACCGCCGAUGGGUAUAAUAGUCCGCAAGCGGCGCGGCAACUUGCCCAAGCACUCGGUGAAGAUCCUCAAGCGCUGGCUGUAUGAGCACCGCUACAAUGCCUACCCCAGCGACGCGGAGAAGCUCACGCUUAGCCAGGAGGCCAACCUUACUGUACUGCAGGUGUGCAACUGGUUUAUCAACGCGCGGCGGCGCAUCUUGCCCGAGAUGAUCCGGCGCGAGGGCCACGACCCGCUGCACUACACCAUCUCGCGCCGCGGCCGCAAGCAGCUGGGCUCGGGCGGCGCUGGCUCCAGCAGCGGCGUCGUCGUCACCGAGUGGGACGGCGAGGGCGAGGGCGAAGGCGAGGUGGAGGGCGAGGCGGGCGGCGAGCACGAGUACGGCGACGGGCUGCUGGUAUACCGCAGCGACGGCGACGACAUGGGCGACGCGGAGGAGGGCUACUCGUCCAGCGCCGUCAGCGAGGAGGAGGUCAAGUACGACCCCUCCGUGUGGCAGUCCGUCAUCCGCUACGACGAGCGCGACCUGCACCCGGCCGCCAGGGGGUCAGCGGCGGUGGUGACGGUGCGCACGGCGGAGGGCGAGACGGAGGGCGAGGCGGAGGGCUCGGGCGGCGCGGGCGGCUGGCACCCACAGCUGGCGCACCUGCCGCAGCUGCCGCACCCGCUGCGCCGCAAGCUGCAGGUGGUGGGCGCGCACGGCGAGGGCGAGAAGGACAAGUUCAAGUGCUUGUACCUGCUGGUGGAGACGGCGGUGGCGGUGCGCCAGCGCGAGAAGGAGCAGGAGGAGGUGCCCGUCUAGUGCGCGUGCUCAGUAAUUGCACGGAGGUGACGUCACUUCGCAAGGAAUUGUAUGGUACGAGUCUCCCGUUCCUCCCGUUAAGGUCCGCGCACACUUGACGCGCCGCGUCGUAGUAUAGUAUGCGCCCACCUUUAUCGAAUACUCCAUAGCGUACUGUAGCCGUAUAAUAAUUAUACUUCAUAAUAAAAUUAUAAUUAUUUUUUUUUUGUAUCAGCUAUGGAUAUGGGACUGUAUUGUAUCGAUUAUGAUACAAAAAUUUAUUUACGGUUAAUUCUUUAAAGUUAACUUUUCGGAGUUGCUACUCUAUGCGAAAUCGUGUAUUAAGUAAAAAAAAAAAAUAUAGUUUUAUUAGCGAGAAUUUCUUUGGUGUCUAUCCGACAAUUUUAAACCAAAGUCAAUUGCCACGAAAAGGCGAUAGCAGAGGUUUUCUUCAUAGUAUUGUUGGAUAUAUUCCGACGAUAAUUCAAGCGAAUUUCAUAAAAUUGGGUUGGACAUUGAUUUUGAAUCCAUAGAGUAGCCAUUACGUCGUUUAACUUAAAUACUUGUGUAUAAAUAGAUAUUUGGACAGAUUUGUUUUAUGUUGUAAUAAAAUGAUUAUUUUUUUUUUAGUUUAGUCUGGUAUUUUAGUUAUCGUUAAUCACUAAAAUUAUUUUUAUUUAAACAAAGUGUGAAGGGUUUUCUUUUUCACUAUCGUCAAUAGAGGUUAUGUUAAUAUUAACUUUAUUGUUCUCAUAGUGACUCAUUUACUAUAGAAUAAAGUACAUAAUAAUGUAGAAAAAUCAUAAAUGAUUAAUAACUAUAAUAUUGUAAAGUCAAUAUUUUAGGAAAACUUAGAUUUCUUUGCAACAAGAUUUUAUUUUAUUAGUCAUGUUUUUGAAAAUUAAAAAUGUGCCCUUUUCUUAGUUUUUAUUUUUAUUUAUUGCAGCAGAGGGCAAAGUUCAUUCAACCCUACCAUAGAAUGGUUUCUAUAUUAGGUUAUUCGCUAAGUUAGCAAGGAAGAGGGGAAAAUCAUGUCUAAUUGUUCUGUUUAAUAAAUAAAAUCAGUAUUAUGAUGCUACUAAAAAUUUCAAUAUUUUGCUACUCCAUGGUUUAUUGUAAACAAUAUUUAAAAUUUUAUACUUAACCAUCAUAUUAUAUAAACGAUUCUUGCUCGGCUGUAGACAUAGAUUCACUUUACUACUAUAAUAUAGUAUGGUAUAACUAUAAUAUUAUAAUAUUGUAUAUACAGUAAGUAGCAUAAUGUAACUAUAAUACGGAGUUUUUGCGAAAAUGUGUAAUUUUGCUAUGUCUUCAUACAGGUAUUUUUAUUUAACUCUGCCAUCAGGUUUUAAGUCCUAUGAAAGAUUAAGAAAGGAAAGAAGGAAAUUAAUAAUACAAUAUCAGGCGAUAAUUAAUUGGCUCAGCGUUGUCUGUAUACUUAACAUGCGACCAACCAAUGAUAAUUGUAUACUAUAGAUGAGUUACGUCUACAACUAACACUGAGGCAUUUUUCAUGCGCUAGUAACACAUCUAACAGUAUUCAAUAACAUUGCGACCAACAUCAUCUUAUGUGAAGAGAAAUGUCAAAUGUCAAUCAAUAGCAGCGCAACCGAAAAUACCGCUAUCUCUUUCAUUGCGUUGGGACUUAUGUCUCAUCUCUUUCCUUCCAACGCAAUGUACUCAAGUACAACUAAGGUACGAUUUCGUCGACACUUUGUCUACUAGCACGUUGUUCGCAUGCUAAACCUACUGUUGUAUUUUUUUUUUUAGAGAUACCAAAUAUCGAACCUCUGAUUUUGUCUAAUAGUCUUUACGAGUAAUGACGUUGGUCGCACGCUAGGCCUACUGUUGUGUGUAUUCUUUUUCUUUUCAAGAUAACCAAUAUCGAAUUGCUUUGUCGAGUUCUGUCUGUAUACAGACUUCUCUGUCUAUGACUAACCAAUAAUCUAUUUCUAAAAUUGAAAUAUCAUGUUUUUAUCAAACAAUCAAGAUAUUUUAGUGUCAUUGAUAUAGAAAAAAAUCUAAAAGAAGGCUGGUUCCAAUAACAUUUUUUUCUACUCCCAUUACUCACAUCUACUCAAUAUAAAACCAUAUCACAAAGCAAUUAUGGCUUUUUUUAAAUAGUUCCCGGUCAUUGGCUACAAAAAUUCGGCUUCUUUAUAAUAGACAAAUCUAGGAGGUCACGCCGAUACAAAAAUCGAGGAGACUAUACCCAACGCCAAUUGUAUAUUUAUCAAGUUUUGUUA